UUCUGGUUCAGUCACAAAAAUAAUCAUGAAACUAGCAUGGUGUUUGAUGAUCCUGGGAUCAGUCCAGGGCCAGUUACGAUUGGACCCAUUGGUGGAUACCAAUCAGGGUUUGAUCAAGGGUUUGAAAGCUGAUGACGGAGACUACUCUAUGUUUCUUGGAAUACCGUUUGCACGGGUUGAUGAGGAGAAUCCUUUUGGAGCCGCUGAACCAUAUCCAAAAUUUGAACAAAUCUUCGAAGCAUAUGACGAUUAUCGCAUUUGUCCACAAAUCCAAUCCUCUGAGGUAACAGGAACUCUAGACUGUCUACGCCUUAACGUUUUUGUACCAAACGAAGCCAGCACCCGCAACAAGUUACCAGUACUAGUAUGGAUCCACGGUGGAGGUUUCACAGAAGGCUCAGGCACAAGAACAACCAGCGGUCCGAAAUUUCUAAUCAGACAUGAUGUAAUCGUUGUAACUAUUAACUACCGGCUCGGACCGUACGGUUUUAUGUGUCUGGAUGAUCCAGAAGUCCAAGGAAACCAGGGACUCAAAGACCAAACCUUAGCGCUCAGGUGGAUAAAGGAGAACAUAGAGUACUUCGGUGGUGAUGCCAACAAAAUCACUGCUUACGGCGAGAGUGCUGGCUCCAUCUCUGUGGAAUCCCAUAUAGCUUCAAAGAAUGAAAAUCUCUUCAACCAGGCAAUUUUAUCCAGUGGUUCUAUAUAUGGACGGGGGCUUUUAAGCGAGAUUGAUAAUAGCACACCUUUAAAAAUUUCCAAACAAUUGGGUUACGAAACUGAUGACGCUAAACUCGCAUUAGAAUUCCUUAAACGGACCGACGUUAAACUAGUUAUAGCAGCAGCAGACGAGAUAGGAAUAAGACUGGGUGUAUGCGUGGAAAACGAAUCGGAAGGAGCAUUCUUGACAGAACAUCCUUCAAGAAUAUCAACGCUACCCAAAGCGAGAAACAUGGCAAUACUGAGCGGGUACAAUGCCUAUGAGACUCUUGGCAUGUACUACAACCAACCAGCGGAGUACUUCAGCAAUACAGAUUCCUUCAAGGAUUAUUUAGAUCAGUUCGAUCUAGAUCACGAUAAAUAUAAUGCCGCAUAUAAAGCAAUACGUCGAUUCUACAUCGGCGACUAUCCUAUAAGCAUAAACAUGAAAUGGCAAAUAAUCAAAUUUACAUCUGACGUUACCUUCAACCACCCUACAGUGAAAAGUAUCAAACGUUUCCAUGAAAGUGGUGUGAAGAAUCAAUACUUUUAUAUAUUUGCGUACACAGGUGAACGGAAUAUACUGAACGUAAAAGAAAAUAUCAAAACAUGGGGAGCUGCUCAUGCAGACGAAUUAGGCUACAUUUUUGAUUUGGAUAUUCUUGAUAAGGAUGUCAAUGAAAAAGAUCAAGUUAUUUUGGACAGGAUGACCAGUUAUUGGACUAAUUUCGUUAAAUAUGGAAAUCCAACACCAAAAGAAACAGAACUCCUACCAAUAGUAUGGCCUACGGUGACAGAAGAUUCGCUUAACUACUUACACAUCAACAGAAAUGAGUACACAGGCGCGGCACCAAAUAACAAAAGACACGUAUUUUGGGAAGUCAUCGAAGAGUUGUAUUUUAAAUAACCUAAUGUUAGAUUUUCAGUAAAUUUUAUUUUUAGAUAUAAUAACAAUAUAUUAUUUACUCUAACUGCUGAAACUGAUCGUGAUUGAUAACUCAGAAGGCAAAAGAUCGAUUGGCCGUUUAAAAACCAGAUGAACAAGAGAGAGAGGACAGAAACCGGUGGGAAUUGUCCGCUGCAGAUGAUGAUUUCUUCUCAGAUUCCUGGUUGACCGACUGAAGAGAGAGAGAGAACAAUUGACAUGCGCUUAGUAUCUCCCAUAUGCCAAAAACGUAUUGAAUUUUACGACUUCAAAAAUGAAUUCAACUUGACUUGUAGAAUUAGAGUUGGAUAAAAUUUUACGUAUGUCUUCCUUAGAAUCUUAGACAAUGAUUUGGUCAAAGUACCGAGUCAUUGUUCAGAGGCGUGGCUUAAAGUAGCCAGCCACCUUUCAAAAGAUGGAGAGGCACUGUUCUGGAUCUCUUUAAGCGUCAAACCCACGUGCUUUGGGUUAAUCAAUAAGUUAUGGAUAAAAUCACACAGUUCUCGGAAGUUAUCGAGUUGAUUGAUUAAUUAUAAUUAGGUCAGAAGAUUUUGAAGAAAUACUUACAUAUAGUACUAUUAUUUAGAUAAAUUUUAUAUUAUAGUUUAACUGAUAUUUGAAAUAAAUAUUUAUUCUCUAAAUUACUUUUAAUGACGUGCGGUGCGUUAUGGUUACGCUUAAUUUUGUCCAAAAUCCAAAGGAUCAAUGAAGUGUUGUUAUCACAAUUAAACAAUAGGCCAGUGUCACAAAUAUGUGUGUA